AUGUCUGAAGAACGUGAGAAACUGGAGAAAAACGAGCAAUUUAAGGGCAACAAAACAAACUUUGAAAAAAUUAUUGAAGAAUUCAGAUAUACACAUAUCCUGCCCAAGCGUUCUCAAGAUGAUAAUGUAGAUCAAUGUUAUCCCGCAAAAAGGAGUCAAUUGCAGCGACAAAAUAUAAAAAAAUCACAAACAGAUGCAGAUCAGAACACUGACCCAUCAAUACAGAUGGUCCAUCACAAUAAACGAAAACGGAAAACAAACCGAUCAUAUGUACCACCAGAGCAUUAUGCACAUCUGCCAGCAGGUGUUCCAGAUGUUCUUGGGAAAAAUCUGAUUGUAAUGUUUAUUGGCUUAAAUCCAGGGAUUGCAACAGUAAAGGCAGGCCAUGCAUUUGCAGGACCAACCAAUCUUUUUUGGAAACUAUUACAUUCGUCUCAGAUUGUCUGUACUGAAACAAGACUUCGUCCGGAAGACGAUGUUACACUUCAAAAAUGGGAUGUUGGGAUUACCAAUUUAGUUUCAAGACCAACAGCGGGAUCUAAUGAAUUAAGCAGGGAAGAAAUGAUCGAAAAUGUACCAAUUUUAGAAAAAAAAGUGUCUACAUUUUGUCCAUUGUCUGUUUGUAUUGUUGGAAAAGGGAUAUACGAAGCAAUUUAUAGAUACAAAACAGGAAAACCUUUGAAAAAAACCUUUGAAUGGGGCUGGCAACCCGAAAGAAUGGGUACAUCAGAGAAUUAUGAAGGGGCAUUAGUAUAUGUUGUUCCUAGUACAUCCGGAAGAGCCGCCACCUAUUCAAAGGAAAUGAAAGAAAAAUGCUGGAACAUUUUUGGUCAAUGGGUUGCGAAGAAACGUGAAGAAAGAAGCAAAUCCAAAGAUAUAUUCAAUGAAUCAUGA